AUGGAACAGCACAAUGGUUAUGCUCCAGCGCUUUUUGGAUUUGCAGCCUGUGGUGAAAGAUUUUUCCUGUACAUUAAGUCGGAAGAAGGCGAGAAGGAGUUUAACGAUCGAUCUACAAAAACGUUGAAGCUUCCAAGUGCCAAGCAUUGGUUCAUGAUUCAGUGCCUGGUCGAGCUGUUGGCCCCGUUCAGCGUUGCCACCACUAUGCUCGAUGGAGAGACCUAUCCUACGCUGAUAUAUCUUCAUCUUUUCAUCUCUUCACUCAAGCGAUCGCUGGACAACCAACAAAUAUUUGAUGUUCUCUAUACAAGUGUCGAGAAGGAGGCAUACGCAAUAGAAGUGCUAUCCAUCAUGCAAUCCGUCCGCCGAAGCUUUUCAGCCUUGUUGAAGCAGCGGUUUGAUAAGGAGGCAGACCCCGUCCUUUUGUGGAUAUCGUUGCUUGACCUCUACAUGACGAAUUCGGCGAUUUUCACUGCGGAUGAAUAUGAGAAGGCGCGGGAGCAGUUUGCCGAUGAGAUGUUCGUGCUAAAGAAGAAGUCUGCUUUGGUUCACAACGACGCAGCUCGUUCUCAAAGCCCUGAAAAGCGAAUGACUGAUGCUACAGACCGCGCUCGACAGAGCUUCCUAAAGAUGUUGUACGGAUCGAGAACGUCAAGAUCAUCAGCUGCGACGGACGACAAGUUAAAGACUGACUGCGAGUGGGAGCUAAGCAGCUACUUGAAGCAGUCGAGCGAGGCGGAGGUCAAAGAUCCCGACAAGCCCCCAUCGGCUUUGUCGUGGUGGAAGCAGAACCAUUCAAAAUUUCCGACUAUUGCUGUUCUUGCUCGCAAGUGGCUUGGAUGCAUCGCUACAUCGGUUCCCUCAGAGCGCGCGUUUUCCACUGCAGGUAACACAGUUACAAAACGACGUUGUUCGCUGAAGGCUAGCACAGUUCGGGAUAUGGUGUUUAAGGCUCAAAAUGGAGCAGCAUGA